AUGAAUGUUCUAAGAUGCCAGUAUAUCAGACUUACAAAUGACUUUGUCAGACAGCAUAGUUUUCAAAUCAAGUUAAAAGUCAUCAAUAUUCUGAACACAUUAAGUAAUGAAACUGCAGAGCAUGGAGCUUGUCAAUCAGAUCUCAAAUUAACGCCGUUCGAAAAUAAAAGCACAUUUAACAAUUUUCACUUGAAGCACUCUGAAGCGAAUGACAAAGCUACAACAUUAAUCACGAAAUGUUUUUUCCAACAUGCCAUCGACGAAGUGGCCCUUGAGAACAAAUUAAUGUCAAACGUAAUUUGUAAGCAAGACGUCAACUACUGA